UACCAUUGCAAAAUGAUGUUGUGCAAAACAUAGAUUAAAAUAAGUACAUGUGUACACAAUCGAUAAAAGCAAUUACUUUAAAUAUUUAUGAAAAAGGCUUUGAAAUCACACACACACAUAAUCUAUUCAAUAGAUUACUUUGCCACCAAAACCUUUUAAUCUUAUUACAACCUCGUACAACUAUACUAUUAACAAAUUUACUGCCGAUGUAGUGCCUAUCCAUUGGGGCUAGGUAACAGCUUUAUUUUCUUGCAAUUUAGUUCAGUCGUGCCGGGCUUAAUGUCGCGUAAAAUGUGUAUUUUCUGUUAUAUCACGGUCAAAAUAUUUUGUCACAGUAUAAUUUAGUGAGUUGGCGUGGUCACACGACACAACACUGAAAAUAUUUCAAUAAUCAUUUUUUUUUUAUUACCAAUCGAUUUAUAGUAUGUUUUUAGUUAUAUAUCGCAUUUUUACUUUGUGAGGUGUCAAUGUAUAGUUGUAGAAAAGUGAGAUCAUUUGCGGCUGAAGGCAAAAGCUGGAGACGGUCCUAGAAUCUGGGAGUGUGGGGAACGCGUCGUCGUCUGAUGAGGAACUGGAGCAGUGGGAGCAGAUAUUCAUGAUGCGCGAUGAAAACGGAAACAGUUAUAAUGAUAAGAGAAAGAAACGCAGCAUCUGGUGUCGCCCCUCGUGCAUCCCAGUCUCCAUAGUCAUAGUUCUUAUAGUUUUAGUUGUAUUGGUCCCCUUGCUCGACCAACCUAACAUAGUACAGAUGAACGCUACCAGUGCUCCCAUUUCUUUACAUUGCUCAGAUGAGUGUAGGUUAUCAUUAGUUGAAAGUAUACCAGAGGGUCACAUGUACCCUCCAAACGUGACGCAUUUACCUACGAAAAAUGUGUGGUUAGACUUGAUAGAUGAAGCUCAAACACAAAUAGAAAUAGCAUCGUUUUAUUGGUCUCUUAGAUAUAAUGAAGAAUAUCCUUAUAACUCCUCUAUAGAGGGUGAGCAAGUGUUCCAAGCUUUAUAUGCUGCCGGGUCAAAACGAAAUAUAGAUUUAAAAAUUGCUCAAAAUUGGCCCAGUAAACAAUUUCCUAAUGUAGAUACAGAAUAUUUAGUUAAGAAAAAAGCUGCACAAGUUCGGAGUUUGAAUUUCUCGAAAUUACUCGGGAAUGGCAUAUUGCACACAAAAUUCUGGAUAAUAGACAGAAAACACUUUUACAUCGGCAGUGCCAACAUGGACUGGAGAGCGCUUACUCAGGUGAAAGAAUUGGGAAUAGUCGCUUUAAACUGUUCCUGUCUCGCAUCUGACCUUGGAAAAGUUUUCGACGUAUACUGGAGUCUUGGAGCUCCAGAUGCGGUGGUCCCGGACAGCUGGCCCGAUGAGCUCAGCACGGAUAUCAAUAUGGAACACCCCAUUAACAUAUCCGACCCUCAACACAGCUACGGGGCUUUUAUUACAAGCUCACCGCCUCCUUUUAGUCCAACUGGCCGCACGAAUGACGACGCAGCCAUCGUCUCCAUCAUAGACUCAGCUGAAGAGUUUGUCUACAUAUCUGUCAUGGAUUACGAGCCCAUGUGUACUUUCACGCACAAGCUGCUGUUCUGGCCUAACAUAGACGAUGCGAUUCGCAAGGCGGCUCUCGAGAACAACGUGAAGGUGAAACUGCUGAUCAGCUGGUGGAAGCACUCGUCGCCGGCGGAGGACCACUUCCUGAGGUCCCUCACUGACCUGUCGCAGGCAUACCCGAAGGUUGACUUGCAAGUGAAACGUUUCGUGGUUCCGUCAACGCCUGAGCAAGACAAGAUCCCAUACGCGCGCGUCAACCACAACAAAUACAUGGUGACAGACCGCAGCGCGUACAUCGGCACGUCUAACUGGUCCGGCGACUACUUCACAACUACUGCCGGCGUCGCCUUCGUGUUCCAAGACCUCAACACGGAAGGAAGCCUCCAGAACAUUACUCGAGACAUAAGGAAAGAUCUACAAGAAGUGUUUGAGAGAGACUGGAAUUCUCCAUACGCGGUACCCCUCAGGCGGUUAUAGCGUACAGUGUGACGUGUGAUGUCGAAGUAACUUCCUUUAGUGAGUUCUCUUGCUUUUAAAUCUAAGUCGAGUAUUUUUAAUACUUCAGUUGAACAAUUUGAGGCUGAACUAUGUCGUUUUAUGAAGGUUUUAGACUCAUGUUUUAAAUGUCUUCAUAAUGCGACAAAGUUUGCGUUAUGACUCUAUUGUUUGUGUAUACGAAUUUGUUACGUUAAAUAAUUGUUUGGGAUCAAUUUUUAAUACGGGUUUCGGGAAAUUUUGUGUUCGAGUAGAUAAGUAAACAUCUUCUAUUUUUCUUUCAUAGUGACCUACUUGAUGAAAAAAAAGCUGUUUCCAAAUAGUACCUAGAAGUACAUAAUUACAUAUUAAUUUUUAAUGUAAAUUGUAUUUUGAAUUAAAAUUAAUUAAGUAAUUUUUGAUCAGGCUUUCUAAACUUAAAUAUAAUAUUAUAACUAAAAAAAUCAAAACUUAUUUAUUGGAAUAUAAUUCGCUAUUAUACUUAUAUCAAAUUUAUGAAAGAAAAUCAAGUAUUAAUAAAUUUUAAACAAUUUGUAUAAUUGUGUGACUGUGCCUUCUAGUUCGAGUGUCGUUUGAAGAACGAAUGGAUUCUUCGGGUAUAUGUGAAUGUAGAUUUUUAUAUCUUUUUAGAUUUAUAAAUGUAAAAUUUAAAGGAACGUACGUCUCAAUAUUAUAAAGCUGUCUUUAUAAACUUCGUUAGUAUCAUGUUCGAUCAAUAUUUUCAGUAGGACAAAAAUAAACUUGUACAAAAAUUAUGAAGGAGAGCUAUCUA